AGGCUUUGAUAUUAUACAUAAAAGUUGCAAACCGGUUUCAGUCUCGUGGUAAGGUCUCCUUUCACUUUCAGACGCUUUCAGAUGAGAGUAGCACGUUGUUUGUUGUGUUAUAGUUUAUAGCUUACGGAGUUUGAAGAUUAGUUGAAAUAAUACUUGAAAUUAUUUGUUAACGAACAAUUCUCACUCGAACCGAUCUUGCUAAGGAUCUCGAAUCUCGAUCGUUAUUUGAAAUUUUCAAUCUCUGCGUGAUCACUUCGUGAAGUAGGUACCUGUUUCGAAAUGUCAGAACACUGUCUUAGUCAUGUUUGGAGAAUCGACGAUUAUUGGAUUGUCCUAAAGGUUAGAAAGGGAGAAACACCGACAUCUUUAAAAUUUUCAGCUGACAGUGAUCUCGAUUGGCGUUUGGAACACACGGUGAAGGCCUGCGAAACCACAGGCUAUGACAUUGUUUCGUUCAAAAUUGCUCCUUAUUGCUAUGCCGAUAUCGAAAAGUAUGAAUCUGUAUCUGGAAAUGUGGAGCUUUGUGUUAUGCAUUCUGACACUAGUAGGCGGCAUACAGUUGAAAAAUCUUUCGUCUUCAAGUACCAUUAUGAUUAUGAACAGCUGGAGUUGUGUGGUAACUUUCCAGGAAUUGAAAUUGAUGAUAUCGAGCCAUAUGUAUGUGGAGAAGAAUUAAUGGUUCGUUGCAAGCUCACCUAUCUCAAGAAUAACUUUAACGAUGAAAUUGUCGCGAUUUCUUCUUCAAACAACUCGAAUUCCGUCAGAAUGUCGGAAUCCGGGCUUUUAAGUGACACGGAAAAAUGUUUCAACGAAGACCGAUUCAAAGAUGUGACGAUUUCGGUGAAAGGUAAAGAGUACCAAGCUCAUAAAACGAUUUUAGCUACUCGUAGUACAUUAUUUGACAAAAUGCUUGGAGUAGACAUGUUGGAAAGCAAGAAAAAUCACAUCGAUAUUACCGAUAUGGACCAGGAACCCUUUGAGGAAAUGUUACACUUUAUUUAUACGGGGAAGGUGAAGAAUUUGCAUGAAUCAGCCUUCGAAUUGCUACCAGUAGCAGAUAGAUUUGAUAUCGAAGAACUGAGGAUCAAGUGUGAAGAAGUUUUGUUCAAGAAAUUAUCACCAGAUAAUGCACUCAAGAUUUUAAUACUGGCGGAUACGCAUCAUGCUAAAGAAUUGAAGGAGGGCUGUCUUCGAUUUAUUAAAAAGAAUUUUGAUGAUUGCGAGGAUUUCAAUGAUACGCAAACGUGGAAGAUGUUAACUUCAGAUCAUGCUCAAUUAGUAAAAGACAUGAUUUUUUUUUUUUGUAAAUUGUAUUAAAGAAUGCUUUUAACAUGUAAUUUUUAUAAACUUUAAUACCUACCCUACCUGUAUUUUUUUCUUAUUUUUUUAAAUAGUUAUUUGCUUAUAAUUGGAACGUAAAACAAGUGUUUUAAUACAACUAUCAGUCAAUAAUACAAUACAAUAGACAUUGUU